AUGUUUAUAAAUCAUAUUUAUCUGCCAACGGGAGUGUUUUUAAAGUAUUUGUUGUACUUUUUUGUUUUAUUCUGACCCAAGUAUUGGCUAGUGGUUGUGAUUAUUGGAUUAGCUUUUGGUAUUGCGACUAUUAAAGAAUUAAAAUCUACGGAAUAAAUUUUUGAUAUAUAUAUUAUGUAUAUUUUUAAGGAUAACUCAUGAAGAACAUGUUUUGCAUAACACAAUAAGUUAUAAUACAACAAAUAAUAAUGGUACAUUAUCGUCUAGUGAUUCAUUUAGUACAUUAUUGUUUUCGUCAAAUUUUCGUCAAAACUGUAUGAUCUUAUACACCGUUAUAAUAAUUUUUUUAACCGUAAUCGCUGUCGUCAGGACUGUCACAUACGUAUCAUUCUGUAUGAGAGCUUCAAUAAAUAUGCAUAAUCAAAUGUUCAAUAGAUUUAUUAAAGCCACGAUGUUUUUUUUCAACACGAAGUCUUCUGGUGACAUGUUGAAUCGUUUUUCAAAGGACAUCGGAGCUGUUGACGAAUAUUUGCCAUACAUUAUUUUUGAUUGUUUGCAACUAGUCAUGCUACUUUUGGGAAUCAUAUUGAUUAUUGGAUUUGUUAAUAUAUAUCUCAUGGCACCGACAUUUAUUGUGGUAGUAGUAUUUUAUAACAUUAGAGUUUUCAAUUUGCCUACGUCAAGAGGUAUCAAACGGUUAGAAGGAAUUACACGAAGUCCUGUAUUUGCACAUAUGAAAGAAACAUUGCAAGGUUUAACAACAAUAAGGGCCUACAAGGUAGAACAAAUUUUAAUCAAUGAAUUUGACAAGCAUCAAGACUUACAUUCAUCUGCUUGGGAUAUGUUCAUUUGUGCGAAUCAAGCAUUUGGGUUCUGGCUAGAUAUAGUCAGCAUUAUUUAUAUAGGUAUUGUAAUAUUCAGCUUCUUUGCUGUCGAAAAUGAUCAUUAUGGAGGAAUUAUAGGUCUAACUAUUACUCAAACGAUUAGAUUGACUGCAAUAAUCCAAUGGGGAGUAAGACAAUUAUCAGUCUUAGAAAACCAAAUGACUUCUGUCGAAAGAAUACUUGAAUACACACAUUUACCACAAGAAGCUGAUUUUCAAUCUUCUUCUGAAAAUACACCUCCCAAAGGAUGGCCUUUUUUGGGAAAAAUUGAAUUUCGAAAUUUUAGUCUUCGUUAUAGUCUAGAUUCGCCAUAUGUAUUAAAAAAUCUCAAUAUUCAAAUACAACCGUUGGAAAAAGUCGGAAUCGUUGGCAGAACCGGUGCAGGUAAAUCGUCCAUUAUCGGGGCGAUAUUUAGAUUUGCUCUCAAUGAAGGAUCUAUCAUUAUCGAUGAUAUAGAGAUACACAAGUUGGGAUUACAUGACCUGAGAUCUAAGUUUUCCAUCAUCCCCCAAGAACCAGUUUUGUUUUCAGGAACAAUGCGAACAAAUUUAGAUCCAUUUGAUGAAUACUCUGACCUGGUUCUUUGGAAUGCUUUAGAUGAAGUGGAACUUAAAACAGUUGUUGAAAAUUUGCCUGGUGGUUUAAAUUCUAGAAUGUCUGCUUUUGGUUCUAAUUUCAGCGUUGGUCAAAGACAAUUAGUAUGCUUAGCUAGGGCUAUUGUUCGAAAUAAUAAAAUAAUAAUAUUGGAUGAAGCCACUGCCAAUGUCGAUCCACAAACCGAUAUGUUGAUUCAAAAUACAAUUCGAAAUAAAUUCAAAUUAUGCACAGUGUUAACGAUUGCUCACCGAUUGAAUACUAUUAUGGAUUCUGAACGGGUACUUGUCAUGGACGCGGGCACAGUAGUUGAAUUUGAUCAUCCAUAUAAUUUACUGAAAAACAAAGAUGGAUUUUUAUACAAAAUGGUAGAACAAACGGGAAUAGCUACAUCGGAAUUUUUGCGUAGCAUUGCCUCCAAGAGUUUUAACGUUCAGACAAAAUGAAUAUCUACAAUCAAUGUGUAACUGUAAAAGAGGUAUAUAGAUUCAGAAAUUCGGUGUUCAAUAAAAAAUAUAUUUAAUAAUUUUUCAUACGUGUAAGUUAUAUUUACAUAUAAUAAUAUGUAAUUUUGAUAGAGUCUGU